UAUCGCGUCACGAGUCGGUCGUCGAGUUUGAAAUCGGUCUGCCUUGGUCGAAAUUGGCAGCUGAGUUUGCCAGGAGCAGCGGAUAGUCUGUGUGUUAGUCGGAAGUGAAAAGGAAACGGAAAGUGUUGGUUCAUUGGAAUUUUCUCUCCUUCUCUGGCGCGCGCUCAUAGUUGCUGCAGUGCUGGAAAACGCGGAGUUUUGAGGCGCAUAUUUUGUGUUCCCCCAUACUCCAAUCCCAAAUCCGUCGAAAGUGUGGCUGGCACCCCAACAAAGUAUAAGGGAUGAGAAUUUUGCACCCACAGAUGACGGAGGCUUUCAUGUAUUCAAAUGUAUUGGUAUCGGAAUGAAGAUGUGUUAGUGUGUACGGAUACGACGUGCUCCACGGGAUGAAACAGCUUGUUUUUGCUCCAGGUUGCAAAUUUGAGCCAACAACGAUAUGAUUGCUACAGCUACAGCAGGAAAGUGCAUUGCAUGAAUUCUACAUUAAUAUUGACCGGGGCUUCACAAAUUUCUCGAGUGGAAUACCUACCUGCCUGCAUCCUGCAUUUGCUGAUGCCGAAUUAUUAACUCCGCUGGUGAAUUGUGGACCAGUUUCUGAGAGCAAAUCUCCCGUCACGGUUUCACUUGGCCGGUUUGCCGCAGCCCUUCUUUCUCGAAAGUCGUAACUAGCAGGGACCGGAUCCGUUUCCUGUUGCUUGCUCCGAUAUCGUUUGCUGUGCUGCUGCAGUGAAGGAAAGAAAAUUCACGACACGUUUCCAGUACACGGAACAUCCGGAAGAACACCCUCCCAACGAUAAGCUCCGGACGUUUCCGGUUGAAGAAAAAAAGCAAUGGGGUGGGAAGGAAGUGAAAAAAAGCGCAACCAAGAGUUUCCCGGAGCUGGCUGCUCGAGAAAAAGAUGAAAUAAUUGAGUGAAAUAGUGUUAGCUCCGUUCGCCUGGCUCUUGGCAGAUUUUCUUCGACCAUCUUGGAGCUCAAGCAAAAAGUUUAGUUUCUUUGGUGUGAAGGAAGAAAAUCGAUUUGUUGCUCUCUUUUUCCCCGUUUUUCAGCAUUGGGGUGGGAUCGAAAGGUUAAAAGUGCUGCCGUGCUACUUUGGGAAUGCACCUUUUUGGAAAAUAGUGUUUUUGACAGCUGAGGGGAGUAAAAACUUGAAUCGAGUGCAGCUCUAGGGUCAACAUCUUUCGGGCGGGGUGGGAUUAAAAUUGGUCCACUGUAAGUGAAACCUCAAAGAUAGCAACAAGAAGCAGCAUCAGCAUCAUCAACCAUAACUAGGAGCUUAAUGUUGUAAAUCACAUUCCAAGGGAGAAAAACCAAAAAGUAGUUACAUAAAAGCGCUAAUCAUCGCAGUAUUUGGCUCCGUUCAGUUUACUACCGAGUGGGUGAAUGUGCAGAACUAGCUGCAAUACUGUAUUAGCCAGUGGAAAGCGAGUCCUGUCAUAAGCGGAUUAAGGCUUCGGACAAUCUAUGAACGGGUGGCUGCAUGAUUAAAAUUUCAUACUGAGACACGGCCAGAAAAUGCAGCUCAACGGAACAACGGUAACGAUGGCCGCCACAGCAUCGGAACCCCCCGAACCUCCGCCACGAAAUCCGGACAAAAUCAAUGCAUCACUAAAGCAGCUGACCGAAUCGAAAACUCGGUCCCUGGACACGACGGAGAAAACUGCCCCACCACCUGGAGUCCGACAAUUCCGGCCGAUCCUCUCGCUGGACAAUGCCAAACCGCUCGCCAAACCAUUCGAAGCUUCGUCCGGAACGCCAACUUCCGCUCCUGUGACGUUGUUUGGCAGUGUUGCCAGUCAUCAUAACAACAGCAACAACAAUAACAACAGCAGUAGCAACCACACGGCCAGCAGUAGUGAAUCAAACAUCACGGGGGGAAGCGAAAAUGGUCCAGCCACUAGGACGUCCUCUAAUGAUAGCAGCGAUGUGGCAACCGGAAGGGCAACGGCAUCUUCCGGAAGUACUGCCGCAAGUCCGCCCACCAGUGGAGGAGAACCAACGGCCGUCAUCGGCCUCGGUGGUGUUAAGCAGCAAAUCUCGCCCACCCAAAGUGACCGGAGCAGCACCGGAAGCAAGGAUCAAUCCGGGGAGAAUCUCAGCGACAACCUUUUCAAGAAUGGAGUAGCCGAUUUGGAAUCACCUCAGACGACGAAAAUUCGGCUGGAAAACGAACGGAUGAAGACGGAAAUUAGUCGAUUGAAGAAGCUGCUGGAAAGAUCGCCGGAUGGGGCCGUCGGUGGCAUCGAGCUGCUUUCCGACAGUAACAGCUUCGAUGCACACUCGACCGACGACAGCGGAAGUCGGGUGGAAAAGCUGGAAAACGAGCUGAGGAUUUCCAAAGAGCUUAUUCAGAGUCUCAAGGUGGAGCGCAAAAAGCUUCGCUCGGACAAGAACGAUCUGCUGUCGCAGGUCAAGCAGCUGUGCUCUUCGCUGCAGGACAAGGAAGCAGAGCUGCGGAAUUUCAUACGCAAUUUUGAACAACGGAUACGCGAAUCGGAAAACAGCACUGCGCAGCAGAGUUCCGAGCGGGAACGGGAACGGUGGUCUCUGCUCAAACAUGCAAGGGAUGAAGCGGAACGUUCGAUAGCCUUGGCCGCCCAGCUCAAUGCUCGGGACAUUCAGCUACAACGGACACAGGAACAGUUACAGGAAGCCCGCCGGCAACUCUCGGGGUGUAUGUCGGACCAGGAGAGUUUGGUAUCGGCUGCCCCACUGACUCCACCUUCGGGGCUGAUGAGUCACACUCAAACGACGGCCGGAGGUUACUCCAAUAUUAGCGGGACUCCGGGAGAUCGUGGGUCCUGUAGUGCGGAUUCCGGAGUAAGAGAACUCAUUGCAGGAAGCAGCGAUCGGGAGAGUGCCGCCGGUGAUUUGAAUCUCAGCGAUGGACCCUGUGAAAAUGGACCCUGUAUCCAGGUGGACUCCGAUAGCGUAUCCCUAGUCUCUAGUCAUCACAAUAUGUACCAAUAUGGAACUCCAAAGGAACGUAGUCCAACUCUGUCUCCCUUGAACGCCGGAGCUUACUCACGAUCAGUGGAUACAGCAGCACUGUCAAACUCAUUCCGCUCGGUGGAACAACUGGGAUCGCCGGUGGACAACGAAAACCAAACAUUUUCGAGAAGACUGCAACAGCAACAAUCUCAACAAUCAUCAUCGUCACAAUCAACCAAGACUGGUGGUGCCGGAAGUAGCCUGACGGGACGUUCCGGGCGUGGCGGCACCUGGGGUAGUAUAUCGCGAGUAUUCAUCAGAAACCGUAACCGUAACAAAAGCAAUCCGGUUCCGGAUACGGCGGCCAGUGACUUCCAAUGGAGUCCGCUGACGGAGGAAGGUUAUGCCGAGAAGUUGAGAUUACUGCGGGAAGCAUCCUCGCUUCCAAUGGAACGCUGGAGAGCGCCACAGGUACUCGCUUGGCUAGAAGUGGCUCUCGGAAUGCCUCAGUAUGCGGCCCGUUGUGCUGAGAAUGUCAAAAGCGGUAAAGUUUUGUUGGAGCUGAACGACGCCGAGCUGGAAAGUGGUCUAGGAACGAGCCAUCCCAUGCACCGGAAGAAACUUAGACUGGCGAUAGAGGAACAACGGCGUCCGGAUUUGGUUCGGUAUACCACCAUCGGUCAACUUGGGCAUACUUGGGUCGCCUCCGAGUGGCUUCCGGAUAUUGGGCUUCCGCAGUAUGGAGAAUCUUUCCUGCACUCGCUGGUGGACGCACGUAUGUUGGAUACGUUGUCGAAGAAGGAGCUCGAGAAAUAUCUCGGUGUCACGAGAAAAUUCCAUCAGGCCAGCAUUGUCCAUGGCAUUCACGUACUCCGAAUAAUGAAAUACGACCGCCAAGCCCUAGCGAUGAGGCGACUCCAGUCGGAAAAUGUGGACACCGAUCCGAUCGUUUGGACCAACCAGCGCUUCAUCCGUUGGGCCCGGUCUAUAGACCUCGGCGAGUAUGCUGACAACUUGAAAGACAGCGGAGUUCAUGGUGGUCUGGUGGUUUUGGAACCAUCCUUCUCUGGAGAAACCAUGGCCACAGCUCUCGGUAUUCCCCCGUCGAAAAACAUCAUCCGACGUCAUUUGGCCACAGAAUUUGAGACGCUCAUACUACCAGCCAGAGCUACACUGGGCCAGGGGAUUCGAACCGGCGGCGGCGGGGUGGUACCAAUUGCUAGCGGAAUCGGGAUGAUGCCCAUGAGCAGCGGAGAUCGGCGCAAUACCGGCAGCCUGCGGUUUUCCGCAUGGAAAGGAUCCCAGGGAUCUCUUACCAAAGCUUUCCGGAUGAAUUCCGGCUACAAAACACGCGGUGGCGGCGCUUCUGGUGUAGGAAGCAAUGGCGGCGGAGGAGGAGGAGGUUCGGACAAAAAUAGCGUCUACAGCUCAACAUCGCCGACGCCAUCGUUCAGCAGCAGCGAAGGCGGAAUUUAUGCCGCUGCCGGUGGCAUGCACUACUUCCACCAUUUGCCGCCCCCGACGACGGCUCCUCCCCCGGUUCCCACGAUCUACUCGACGCCACCGGUCAACAACAGCAAUGGAGGGCCCAACUCUUUAGUCCUGGGCCUUCCACCAAGUUCUGCUUCCGCAAUUCCUCAUUCGGCGGAUCAUCGCAUCAAUUACCGCGUCAGUGCUCCACCGAUGGAAAAUGCCGCUGCUGCCGGAUCUCCUUCCGGUGGAUCGUCGAUGGGAACACUGCCGAAAUACGCGCAACAUCGACGGGUCAAGAGUAUUAGCGAUAUUGAAGUGGCAGCGGCUUCGUCCUCGUCAUCGGCGGCCACGGCAGCCGGAAGCUAAAAACCCAUUUCGAGGAAAGUUUGAGAAGAACGAAAAACCAGAAAACUACUCUAUACGAUAAUAAGUGCACACAUGUAUAUUGUUCCAAAAGAAAGGCGGAAGUGGGAAAAAGGGGGGAACGAUGGGAUUCUGGCAACUAUUUUUUCGUCUCAACGCAUUGCUGUAAACAAUAUCACACCGAAAUCUAGUCAGUUUGAGAGGAGGAACAGUUUAGUAAUAAUAUUUUGUUUAACUUCUUUCCAAUCAUUUGGCUGUUCUGAAUUCUUUAAAAGGUAUCUAAAACAUAAUUUCUUAAAUUUUGUGUUAAUUUUUUUCAGAGCCUGACAUUUCGAUUGAACGAUUCCAUAAAAUGACAUGAAAUUCAAGAUUUGAAUGGUAUCUUUAUGUCACAAUUUCAACGAACAUUUGAAAUCUCUGGAUAUUUCCACAUUAUAGAAGGGACUUUAACCUACCAAAUCCACUUUUGAGAAAGAACCAUCGAAGAGUCAGAAGCAACUUUAUUUCAAAACAAGCGUUCAAUAUGCACGUUUUCUGUUAAAAUUAAAGUUUGGACACUCAUUUUCGAGCUGAAGGAUUCAGAAGCGUCUGAAUAUUCAACGAAACUGUUUAUAUGAUAUUCCACCACAUUUAGCACAUUUUUCGGUUGCCUAUUGCAACUGAUAUAAAUUACACAUAGGGGAGAUAAGGGCAUAACAAGCACCCAGGGCAUAAUAAGCACUCCUUUAUUCUACAAAAGUACGUAUUUUCUCGAACAAAUUUUCAUGAGGAUUUGUUUCGUACUUCCUACAGUAUUAAUUUUUCACCAAAAAAGAAAUAUCCUUUUCAUCUUUACAGAAAUAUUAAAUAUUUAAUAACCAGCUAGGUUCUCAAGUGACGAAAAAAUUAUAAUUUUUGAGCACCACCAAAUAAGCUUUUAUGACCUUUAAAUCAUCAUAUUGAUCUGAAAUGUACGCACUGCAACAUGAUUUACACAUUGUUUCUCAAUUUUCAUCAUCAUAAAAUUUUUGAUUUUUCACUUUAAUCAAUUUUAAAACACGUUUUUACUUAAAUUUGUUAACCUGGGGCGAACAGAGCACUAUCAAUCAGGGCAAGGUGAGCGUUUUUUGCCGUAUAAUCUUGCAGCGAAUUCGACUCAAUGAAGUCAACUGAAUAAUAGAGCUAUAGCUUGACUUGUUUCAUCUGUUAAAUUAGCAUAUUAGGCUUAUAUUUUAGAGAGAAUGAACCAAGAAGGAAAAAGAAAGACUGCUGAGACAUUACAUAUAAAACUGAAAAAAGGAAAUACAGUAAACAUAAAACAAGACGCUAUCGAGAUCUCUAAAAUAUACAGCUCAAUAAUCAAAAAACUAAGAGCGACGCCACAGUUCACAAGAAAGAAUGCGAAAACGACGACCCCAAACACGACUACAACAACCGACUGCACGACGUCACCAAGAACGCAAAGCUUUGCGUUAGAAGCGAUUCAAAAUCUGACUCAAAGUAAGUUAGACAGCCGUUAGGAAAGCACACGGCGAAACAAUUGUAAGUGCUUCUAGUGUAGUUAAAAGUGACGGAAAAUUGUGUAAAACUUUUAUUCUAACAAAAAUUUUUUUGUAUUAUAUUCUAUUUUUGAAAUUUUAUGAAAUACAGUUUUUCUGAAUAUGGCCGAAACAAAACAGUAAGCCGAAACGUAAAGAAGUUGUUUGGAUUUGACUUUAUUUUCACCGAAAAAUAUCAACCAAAAUCGAUAAUAACAAUUAGCGGUGAUCGAAAAUCGUCCCCAUCAAAUUAGCAUAUUGGUAAGGUGUCGGAGAGGUAAUCAGUAGACUUGAGUUCGAUUCCUGUUCGAGGGGAUUUUUUUUCACUACCAUUCAUGAUUAAUUUUUUUUAUUGUUAUAUUAUACGGCUAGUAGCAUCAUCCGUCAAACAAAACAACGGAAACAUAAUGUAUGAGCAUGUGUUAAUUCUUUGAAUUCUACAAACAGGCCUAGAUUAUUUUGCUAUUGCUCUGUUUGAUGAAUCUACGCCUCACCGUUUAGUGCAAAAUGCAGCAAUCUUGAUUAAUAAUUGAAAAAAAAAUCACCUUGACCAGGAAUAACACUCGAGCCUACUGAUUACUUCUCCAAAACCUUACCAAUAGACCAAAUCGUCAGAUGAAACAAAUCAAGCUGUAGCUCUAUUAUUCAGUUGACUUCAUCGAGUCGAAUUCGCUGCUAGAUUCCCCGGCAGAAAACGCCUAUCGUGCCCCGAAUAAUAGUGCUUAUACUGCCCCAGAGCGGUUCUCAUUAUGUCCCUACAGUGACUGAGCUUUCAGCAAAAAAUUUAAAAAUGCAUUUUUAAACGUUUUUAUCUACUUUUUCAAGUUUCAUCCAAUUAGGCAAUAGACUAUUUGAGUGUCUGAACACGCAACAAUAAUGUAAUUAACAUAUUAUAGCUAUUCUCUAUGGUUAAAUAAGCGUUAACGUGGCCUUAAGGUGGCCAUCAUGCCCUUAUCUCCCCUAAUUGUCAAUAUAAACUUUUCAAAAAUUAAAACCCUUGAUUAAAGUUGUAAAUUUUGCAAAAUUAUGAAAAUUUCGUUAACAAAAAAGUAUCUGUCCCCGCUGCCAAAAUAUUUUGAAAUGUCUUGUAACAAAAAUGGUUUUUAAAAACAUCGAGACCAAGGUUUUGGUGACGAUAUUUUUGUUAAUAUGUAUUUAAACCUUCAUCCAUCAAUGAAAUUUUUACCCGUAAUCGUUACAGUCCCUGGAGAGUCAAUUUACUACCCCUGGCUAAAACCAAUGUAUUUGUCUCGUUUUCCAACCGAUUUUUACAAAGUUUAUAGUUUUGGAGGUCUUGUAAUAUAAUUCAAAUAUGUUACUCAUACAAUUUUCAGCUAAAGCUCAUCAGUUUUCAGUGAAGUUGGAAGCUGUACUCACUUAAGGUUUUGAUGAUUUUCUGGUUUACGACUUCGACAAUAUAAUGUUAUUACGAUGAUUCAUUUAAUUUGGUACGUUAUGUUGCUUUGGUGGUAUGUUGUUCGUUGCAUUAUACCAUUCGAUUCGUACCAAUUUACGAUGAUUGGAUGAAUGACAGUUCCAACCACACUUUAAACGAUGUUUUUUUACCCUUUUACGACUUGACGCGAUCUGAUGAUAAAUUGGCGGUUUAAGUCACCCUUUAUGCGAGGUGUGUUACGGUCUUAUACGAUGUUCAGAAAUUUGAACAUCGAUUGACAACUUAAGUCACACUUUAUAGGAAGUGUGUUGUACUCUUGUACGAUGUGAAGUAAUUUGAUAUUCGAAUGAUUGUUUAGCGACACUUUAUGCGAGGUGUAAUGUAGUCUUGUACGGAAUGGAGCGUAAAACGAUUUUGCGAACCGCUGUAUGUAGCAUGUUAUGUGUAGUAUUGUGAUUCAAAUACGAUUCUGCAAUAAUGAUACGCAUGCAAAUAAAAUACUAUUGAAUUUCAUUAUUAUAAACGUGUUUAUUAUUGAAUUCAGCACACUGAUAUUUUUGUCCCUCAUAAAAACUAUAAAAAAAUCAGCUUCUGAAAAAGCACCUUUUCAGUAAAAAUCUCGCUCAUCCGGGCGUGAUCAUAAGUAUAACUAAACUUCUAAUGCUUCGGAUGAAUUUAAGGUACUUGUUCUGUUCUUCGUUGCAACAAUGAAGUAGAAUCCCAGGAACACUCUUGAAGAUUAAGCUUCUUUAGCUUUGGGUGUUUUUCACCGUCAUCAAUAAAACUAUGGAGAUUCUAGAAGUAUGACUAGAGCUUAGAGUCUAGUACACGUUACUUUAGAGAUAAUUUAAAAACUAAACAAUUUUAUAUUUUUGAUUAUACUACCUUCGUUAAUCGAUUUUUUUACCAAAGCUCGCCAGUUUGAACAACUCCCUUCAGAAGGUAGAAAAAGACACCCGAAUUACCGGAAGUUAUUCCAAAAAAAAAACUAUCGCUGCGAAAUGAUACAAGUACGCAACUGGGGCCGAAUCGUACACAUUUUUUUACGUGUCACAUUUCUAUUUAUCAUAUUUGGGUAUAGUAUUGCAGCUCUAAUGUAAUUAUAUCACUAGAAUCGGUAUGAAUUUUCCUUUCUGAUUAAUACAAAUUUAUUGGGGAAAUCAUGCGUUGAUAUACUCAAAAUCCAGGACAAAGAUAAAUUCAAGUGCAAGAAAAUCUGAAAAAUUGCAAAUCGACGAAAAAUUCGGAAAACGGCUACUUUUGAAAAUUCGUCAAAAAUUCUGUAUUUUGUACAUAUUUUGAAAAUCUAAAAAUGCAAAAAUGUGCCAAAUUACGUCAACUUUCCAAUCUUUUUUUCAAAAUUUAUCUGGUGUGACAUUAACAGUUUUGACCGUACACUGAUUGAAAAGUAUGAUUUUUACACCAUUAUUUUGCAUUUCUGUGGCUAUGAUCUUAAAAAAUUCAAAAAAAAAUAUUUACUAGUGCGCAACGUAUAGUUUCUAACUUCAGCUUUCUUGGACACUAAGUGAAGCGUGAUUUUUCAAAUGUUUCGUAGACUUUAAAAAAUGGAAAAAUUAGCUGAAAACAUAUUUGAGUUGUAUUAAGAUGUUUCAAAAACCAUAAAUUUAGUAAAAAUCGGUUGAGAAACAAGAGUGAUAUAUCGAUUUUUAGCGAGAAGAGUCAAAUUGGCACUCAAGGUCUGAUUUUUCUGGUCUUUCAGGGUGCGUCCACAAAAAAAAAGUGAUGAUGCAAAAUUAAAGAUCAAGAAUUCAUUGAAGAUCCCUGAAGAAUUUUUGAUGCACCCGAAUAAAGUAAUAAGCCGCCAAACUUCCAAUAGCGUCAAGCGGAUAAGAGUUGAGCAAAAAUAACUGAUUUCAUCUAAAUAAAAAUUGGCGAAAAGAUUAUGGCGAAAAAUGUUUGACGUUUAUCUUAAUAUCUUUGAAAUCAAAGUUUUCUGUGAUUUCUACAGCUUUGCUCUUGUCCAUAUCUAAUGACAUAAGUCUGCAAAAUUAAAAUUUUGGGUGACCAAGAAUUUCAGAGCUAAUUUUAACAAAUUUCUGGUCAUUUUUAUCCUACAACUUAAGUUUCUAAGUUCUAUUGGUAGAUUAUUAAGUUGUUUUGAAAAAAUACUAUGUUGCUUGACGUUUCUAUCCAUAAUAUCAUCCUUUUGAUGGCAGCGCUCUUUGAUUGUGGUUUUGGUUUUGGCGCUAUGGCGAUUUGCAGCAAAACUUUUUGACAUGCAGCGCCAACAUGACAAUGAAUAUGAAUUGUUAUAAAAAUUAUUUUUUUUGCAGAAACUGUAUCAUUUUGGAAAAUAACAAAGGCUGGAUCUGGUAGGAAAAUCUUCAAUAUACUAGAUCCAAUGAUUUUUGCAUAAGCUUCACUAUGCAAUUAUUAUUUUUCAUGUGUUUUUGACAAAAACUUAUUUUGAAAUUGUAAGAUUGAAUCUAUUUAAAAUUUUUGUAAAAUAAAUCUGCUUGGUGGAUGUACGAAUCUACGCUGGUUUAUCAGGUUGAGCUUGAACUUGUAAAUAUCCUCUUGAAUUUCGCAAUUUUUGAAAACAGAACUAUUUAAGGAAAAAAACUUCAAAUUUAUGGAAAACAUACAUGAAGAAUCAGUUUAGUAUAUUUUGAAAUGGAAAUUUGUUUCCAAGCAAGGUAAUUAGUGAAAUUGUAAAUGGUAGUGUGAAAGUGGAAACUUGGUUGAAUUUCUUCAUCCUCGUCAAUUGCUCCAGAUUCCACUUUUUUUGGGGAAGAAUCACAGUUUGCAGCACUCUUUAGAGCUUGUGUUAUGAAUGCUUAUUAAAAUGGCUGAAGAGUUAUACUCAAAUAAUACUAAAAUGGCUGAAUAUUUGAAAAGUGGUGAUUCAGAAAAACGUUAAUUAUUUGAUAAUUGAUUCUUCAUUUGAUUAGCUGUAGCUAAACUGUAGGAACAAAAUAAUUUUAAUCUUUAAAAUUUUCACUUCAAUCUGCUGGGCGACAGUCGUUACUUAGUAGUUAUAGGCAGAGAGUUCAUUUAACACCAAUCUCGAUAUUAUGAAUCUGAUGAGCCUCCAAGGAAUAGUAGAGUCGAUAAUGUCCAGCCGCUGGAGCUGGAAAUUCAGGUGAUCUGAAAUGAUGAAAUAGGCUUAACUAAGGUGUUAAUUUACUUUUUCAGAAAAAAUAACGGCAUGAUUCUCCUAAAAGAAUAAAUAAUAUCAGUCGGUAUAUUUUUUUUUUUUUUUCAUAAAACAUUCAUUUUAUAAGGCAAAUAGCAAAAUUAUGGUGGAAAAUGUUCUUAGUUACUAACUUUUGUCACUGAAUGUAGAUAAUUUUUUUUUUUUAAACUUGUUCUUGAAAACAUUAUGAGUUGACAUAUGUAGCUUUGAAAAUGUGGUAAAAUGAACUUCAAUUUUUUUUUUGCAAUUUCUUCAUUGUGAAACGUUUAAAAAUGGUGAAAAAAAUCUUUUUGUCACAUUUUGUUAAAUUUUUCAACUGAACUUCAAUAACUCAAAAAACACUGUUCAAAACAAAAAUUCAGCUUUCUCAUAGUUUCCUCAGUUUUCAUUGAUUUUUUUUUCAUUCAUUGAUGCUUGAAAUUCAAUGCGUUUUCUAUAAACAGACAAAUGUUUUCUAUUGUCACUUCUUCAAAAUAAAAAAGUUUAAUAACCCUCUGAUAUUUUUUUUGUGAAUGAUAAUAAAAUAAAUACCUAAUUAAAGGUAAUUAUAAAAUGUGGAAGGACUUUAAUGUGGAAAAAUAUCAGGUCUUCUAUCUUUUUGUAUAUCUUUUCAUUCACAGCUGUUCUAUUAAACAUUCUGAAAGUAACAAGUUCUUAAUGAAAAAUAAUCCAAUUUUGUUCUCUUAUUUAUGUAUUUUUUUUUCAAUUUAUGCUGUAAUGUAUCGUAUUUUGUAAAAUAAAGGUCGACGCAAACUGUUCCUCUGAAACAAAAUAGGUUUUAUCCCAGAACCAGAAACAAUCACAAACGAUUCACAGAGAAGACCAAACACAGAUUGCUGCUACUCGAAGUCAUAAGAAUAAAGAAAAGCAAACAGAACAGAUUUACAUAUCGAUAAAAUCCAAUAAACAAGAAUCAUUCAUAAUCCAUAUUUUAACCAGAGUUUAGCUACCAUUUACAGGCAGAGCAAAUGCAAGGAAAAUAACAACAAAAAAUUAUGAUUAUUAUUUGAGCCACACCAAAGACACAAUAUUUACUACCAACUGAAGCUCUCGAAUCGCAACCAAGCUGUUACCAAUCGACAUUCCUCGAUGCUAGGCAUAAACAAUUUCAGAAUUUUUCUUUCGUCGCAACAAUCAAUCGAUAAGAACAAAAAAGACUAAAGCUUGUUGAAAGUUGCUUAAUGGGGUGUUCUUUUCGUUUCGGGGAUGAUUUUCACUCCACUGAUUUCGAAAAAAAUUGAUCUGUUUUAGCUCUCAUCCCCAGGUGGCAAACUAAGAAAGAAAUUCGACAAACUGUUGAUCGGCAAAUAUUAAAGUGGAAUAACAAAACUUGAUGCAGCUAAUUAAAACCUAAAAGCAGGCUAACAACUAUUUAUCGGAUCUACUACUUGAGAUCUACAUGCUAGUGGAAUUUAACUGAUAU